UCGCCGUUGGCGCUGAUGCUCGUAAACAAAGAGCCGCGUUUAGAGAUGGACGUCGGUGGUGACCGUGAGUCCGCGAUCGAAAGUACGAGUAAGAAUGACGAACAAAGCGUUCCGGAUGUUGAGCCUUCUAGCUCAUCCUCCGAGAACGGGGACGAAAACGAUAAUUGGUAUUACAUGCCAGAUUCGAUUCUUCUCACGAUUUUCAAGUUUUUGACACCAAAAUCACUCCUAACAGCGGGAACUGUUUGCAAACAAUGGAACAGGGUUUCGAAAGAUGAGUUCUUAUGGAAAGAUCUGUUCUACAGGACUUACAAAAUCGAGCCAACCGUGGGAAUAAUACCAGGAAAAACAUCUUGGCUGAGCGAAUUCAAAAGAUUGACUUAUCACACUCCGCUACUAGAGACGGAAGUUCAAAAAGAGCAUUGUCAUCAAGUAUUGCACGUCAGUUUUUCCCACAAUGGAAAAAUGUUUGCCACGUGCUCAAAGGAUGGUUAUAUUUUGGUGUGGGACAGUCAAUAUCCGGUUUCGAUAAAGUAUCACCACGAUAUGAAGGCGUUCAGCUGGAAAUACACGCAGUUUUCGCAAUUUAAUUCGUCUGACACGCUGCUCCUUGUGUCUGGAGUUCAUUUUGGUGCCCCCCACAGUACGUCUGGCGAAAUAGCGGUAUUCCGAGUGGCCCCCGGUUUCGAUCUACAAUGCCGGGUUGUGAAUAAGCCGUACGACAUAUUCGGAACGUGGUACAGUGAACGUCAUCUUCUCAGCGGUGAUUUACAAUGGCUGGCACAGCUGGUAAGUGCCAGUGUCCUUUGGCUCAAUAAGGCGAAUCAAGAAUCGGAAAGCGAGCACGUACCGAUAAUGAAUCAACUUUACAGAUUUUACAAUGGAAAUGCAGCUUCGAUAAGAGCAGUCAUGGUAGCAAAUUGUCUAUCUCCGACGCCGGACGAAGCUGAAUCACCGAAACCUCAACCUUCGUGUUCAAAGAUUAAUAAAGAAGAGCGUGGAAAUCCUCCAAGUCACAGAGAUUUGUGUUCAAAUUCGUCCGAUAAAAUUCAACAACAGCCCGAGGAAGAACCCGAAAUAUUGCACUACGCCUCGUCUAGAUUACAAUACAGCACUCUCGAGGGAGGGUUUAUGAAUUGGAGAAAACUGGGCGAUGGUUUCGAAUACGCGAGUCCAAUAACGUACAAUCAGGAAUAUCGUCAAGCGGAAAUGGAAAAAGAGACUGCGGAAAGUGAUACUGAAACUGAGAACAAUCAGUGGGAAGAAGAGAGCGAAUCUUCCGAAUCGUCCGCGGCCGAGGAUUGCGAUUCCGACGAUUUAGCUGACAACCCAGAGAAACUCCUUAUUUUCACAACCGGUUCCAAAACGUACACGCCUCAUCAGGUAGGAUUCAAGAGAAUAAAAGCUGUUAAUUUCCCGAGAAGAUUGGAGCCUGGACCGUCGUUGCGUGAAAGAUUGGCACAGCGUGAAAGAGAACGAGAGCGUCAGAUCGCGGGAUCGAGAUUAGAGCCAAAUUGGUCGGACUAUGAUUCCGUAGCUGAAAAAUUCGAUAAAGUCGAUCAUUUUAUUGACCUUCAUGGGCAUAUUAUUGGAAUGGGACUUUCACCGGAUCACAGGUAUCUCUACGUGAACACGAGGCCGUGGCCUCGAGGCUACGUGAUAACGAAUCCUCUGCAGCCUCCGCCGAUAGCUCAGGAGAUUGACAUUCACGUGAUCGAUUUGUUGACUUUGAAACAAGUUGGAACGAUGCUGAGAGCACACAAAGCAUACACUCCGAACAACGAGUGUUUUUUCAUAUUUCUGGACGUUUGCGACGAAUACGUAGCGAGUGGUGCCGAAGACAAACACGGAUAUCUCUGGGACCGUCACUACGGAAUAUGCUUGACUAAAUUUCCACACUCCGACGUGGUUAAUUCGGUAGCAUUUAAUCCAAGAGAUCCGGAAAUGCUGGUUACAACGAGCGACGAUUUCACAGUUAAAGUUUGGCGUAGUCGGGCAAUGGUUAAAUCUCUUGGUCUCGACGAAGAUGACUACCGUCGUGGAAUGGAGGUGCGUAAGAGGCGCAGAUAUCAUCGAAGCAGUUGUAACGUUGACUGAUUGAAGACCAUUCAGUUUCCGAUUUAAAGAGACAUCUACGGCGUCCUGACGGAUAAACGAUUUUAAAUCAUACUUUUAAAAAGUGCCGGAAAUCCUGUUGGGCUAAAAAAAUGAUAAAUUGGGUAUAAAAUAUCGAAAAAAGCAAAAAAAAUGUCCAGGACAUUUUUUCAAAACGGGAGAAUAACAUUGUGACAUGUUUUCCGUCAGGAUUUUUGUUAAAAUGUCGUGAACAAAACGAUCUCUUUAAAAUUGGGGACUGAAUGAUGAAACCGAUGAAUCAAAGAAGAAUAAAAAUGAGAGGAAGAAUAAAAUUUCAACUUUACUCAAAUAUUCGUCAACGCAAAUAUCGCAAUUCAACAAUAAUUGCUAAUGUAAUGCAAUGAGUGUUAAUCCUUUAUAAGACAUUUUCUUAUUAAGGCUACGAUUAUAUUUUUUACAUACCAUUUUUAAUAAUUGUUCCUUUUUUUUUGAAAAUGAUAUUUUGUAAAUAUAUUAUAAUUAUGGCAACGAAUGCGAGCGAGCCGGCCACUCGCGAUCUAAAUACACACACACACACACACGAACAUACCCACACGUACUCGAGUAUUUCCACAGAAAAUUGUUUGUUGAUGUUCCUCUCAACGACUAAUAACACACGUCAAAAAUUGGAAAUAGCAUUCGUCCGAUAUCUGAGCACAUUGGAAAAUUCAAUAUGAAGGGGAAAAAAUCACUCGCGUAUGAAUGAACGCUUCUAUAACGUACUUCUAAAUUAAAAACUAUCUUUUAUGCAUAUUUACUGUGAGAUAAUUAUAAAGUAGGAAUCAUGUGAGAUUUUAUCAUUCAUUUUUUCUUCUCUCUAUCGUUUGGACGGAAAAAUGAAAGUAAGUGUAUCCUUACCAUAAAUACGAGCGAAUCUAGAUACUGUAUCUGACGGUAUUGUUACACAAUAUUUAGGUGUUUCAGCGCCCCUCCGCAUAAUCCAUAUGUGUAUAUAUUCAUACAGUAUGUUUAGGUAUAUACAUUCAUUAUAUAUGGUAAUAGUAAUGAGUUUUUGAACUUGAAAGUUUUUAAAACGUUACAAGUUAAAAUUGAAUGAACGACGAAUAAUAAUGAUCGAUCACCCUUAGGGAGAGAACUUUUGAAGACUCCCUAAAAUCUUGGGCCUUGAUGGGAUAUUUAAACUACACUCCAGUUUGUGGAUUUCUUUUUUUCUGUUCGACUCUAUUAUGAGAACAAGAGGAAGAAGAUAGUAUAUUUACAAAUAAGAUUGUACUUUGAAGACUGAGAACUUACAUAAUUAAUAAAAACCUUGGUUGCCGAGGAUUAUCUCGUGCAGGAA